UGGAGCCGUAAGAAGCAAGUCUCGCGAGACGUAGAGCGCCGCUAGCCAGUCCAGAGGGGCGGAGGCCCAGCGGGGUACCACGUGGGGACCGUCGGAGCUGGAGUCUCCCGCGGGCGUCCCGUUUGGGUCCAGGUUGGCGUUGAAACCGUGGAGAUGAGGAAGGAAACCCCGCCCCCUCUCGUGCCCCCGGAGGAUCGCGAGUGGAACCUUCCCCCUAAUGCACCCGCCUGCAUGGAGCGGCAGUUGGAGGCUGCGCGGUACCGGUCCGAUGGGGCGCUCCUGCUCGGGGCUUCCAGCCUGAGUGGCCGCUGCUGGGCUGGCUCCCUCUGGCUUUUCAAGGACCCUUGUGCCGCCCCCAACGAAGGCUUCUGCUCCGCUGGAGUCCAGACGGAGGCCGGAGUAGCUGACCUCACUUGGGUCGGGGACAGAGGUAUCCUAGUGGCUUCCGAUUCAGGUGCUGUGGAAUUGUGGGAGCUGGACGACAAUGAGACGCUCAUUGUCAGCAAGUUCUGCAAGUACGAGCACGACGACAUAGUGUGUACAGUCGGUGUCCUGCGCUCCGGCACGCAGGCUGUCAGCGGGAGCAAAGACUUCUGCAUCAAGGUCUGGGACCUCACUCAGCAGAUGGUACUGAAUUCAUACCGAGCUCACUCCGGGCAGGUCACCUGCGUUGCUGCCUCUCCUCACCAGGACUCCGUGUUCCUUUCGUGCGGUGAGGACAGUAGAAUUUUACUCUGGGAUACCCGCUGCCCCAAGCCAGCGUCUCAGAUGGGCUGCAGUGCCUCUGGCUACCUCCCUACCUCGCUAGCGUGGCAUCCUCAGCAGAGCCAAGUCUUUGUCUUGGGCGAUGAGAACGGCACUGUCUCCCUGGGGGACACCAAGAGUGCCAGCUGUGUCCUCAGCUCCGCCGUGCACUCCCAGGGCGUCACCGGGCUGGUGUUCUCCCCGCACAGCGCUCCCCUGCUGGCCUCCGUCAGCGAAGACUGCUCCCUGGCUGUGCUGGACUCGAGCCUGUCCAACGUGUUCAGAAGCCGAGCCCACAGAGACUUUGUGAGGGAUGCUACCUGGUCUCCGCUCAACCCCUCCCUCCUCACCACCGUGGGCUGGGACCACCAGGUCAUCCACCACCUGCUGUCCACAGAGCCGCUCCCAGCCCCUGGGCCUAACAGUGUUGCCAAGUAGACUGGGUUUAAGGCAGAAAGCACACCCCCCAGGAGUACCCUCUCAGUCUGGGAGACCACACAGGAGCCUUUUCAAAUCCAGGCCAGCGGAUACCCCAGACCUGGGCAGUCACUAGGCGUGUCUCUCAGCCUGGGGUGGCAGAUUCUGGGAUCCCAUAGUCAUAGGGGAGAGAAACUGUCUGGGAAACGGAUAGGUAUGUGUGUCUGAGUGUGUGUGUGUGUGUGUGUGUGUCGUUUUUUUGGUCAGGAGAGGGAGGAGGAUAAAAAGUCCAUCCGAAGCCCACCAUCUCCACCCCCUAAAAAAGAGGUCAUGAGGCUUUUAUGCUCCCCAUGAAGUUGUGGGUGCGGAAUCAGCUGAGUCUGGAUGAGAUGUGGACACUCCUGGGUUCUAGAAGCAGCUCCUAAACUACUCAGAGAGAUGGGAGCAGCUCCAUUUUUUUUAUAGAACUUAUUUCACUUUUAACAUGGACAGUGCUUCCAUUCACAGAAGCCCAGGCCAGCUAAGCUGGAGGAAGAGCCACGCCACUCACCAGUUUGCACAUCUUGCCAUUAAACUGAGUUCGACCUCCAUUUUCUGGCCGAAUAAAGUUUGGUGCCUGUGGAGUGCCCCCUCCCCCCUGCCUCCCGCAGAGCUGUGUAUGUGAGAGACGAGGGUUUUUCUGUCAUAGAGGCCAUGGAUGGGGAUGGUGGAGAGCUUACGGGCAAUUCAGUUAGUUAAAAACUGACAUAAGGACUUGGGACUUGCAGAGAAAAGGCUGCCACCUUUCUUAACUGAAAAUUGCCGGGCCUGACCUGCCUCGGCCCUUUCUGUGGAUCCUGGCUGAUGAAAUAAAACGUUUAGGCUUU